CCUUUCCUCGUCCUCCCUGGGCCCGCCAUGUAUAGCACUUCCCAGUCCUCCGUUCCCGCUCCGAUGAAUGGCAUUGGAGGGGAGCUGGUCGAUGGGUCGGGGACGAUCAAUCCCGCCGCCCUGAACAAUGUCGCCGCUAUCCUCCCCACCCCUCCUUAUGGUGGGAUUGCAACCCCCACGAGUAUAGCUCCUCGGGGGGUGAAGCGAAGUCGCACCCCAGACCAGCGCGGGAAUGUACGCGCGGAUGGAGACCAUGACGACGCAGCAGAUGAACAAGGCCGUCGGAAACGCGGCCGUCCACCAAAGACGCCGCGACCCUCGACAACGGGCACCGGCGAUCAGACCCCCUCUAGCAUCCACCUCCAGACACCCCGUCUGCAAACCCAGCCUCUUCCGCCGCAAACAACAGUCAACGUGUCGCCUCCGCAGGUCUCCCCGCCCGAUAAAACCACGCCUACCAAGUCUACUCUCGUCAAGGCCCUGCCCACUGUUCGGGAUCACACCACGGAUCAACUGAACGAUGAGGGCGACGAAUAUAUCCCGAAGGAGUUCGACGAAGGCGGCGAAAAGAAGGUCGACGCCAUGGGUUACCCUCAAGGGGGGCGCGAGUAUAAGUGCCGCACGUUCCGUGUUCCUCUCCGGGGAACUAAGCUGUUCAUGCUCGCGACUGAAUGUGCGCGGGUGCUCGGCUAUCGGGACUCGUAUCUGCUGUUCAACAAGAACCGCUCGUUGCACAAGAUAAUCGCUACUCAGAUCGAGAAGGACGACCUGAUCCAGCAGGAUAUCCUCCCGUACUCCUAUCGCUCCCGUCAGAUUGCGAUCGUAACCGCCAAGUCGAUGUUCCGCCAGUUUGGCAGCCGGGUAAUUGUGAACGGGCGACGCGUGCGCGACGAUUACUGGGAGAGCAAGGCACGGAAGCAGGGCUUCACCGAGGAUGACCUGGCUGGCGAGAAGCGACCCGGCGGCUCUAAGGCCCGGGAUGCGGCGGCGGCAGAAGCGGCGGGCACGGCCAGUCUCCUGCCAGCGCUGGCUCAUGGCGAUGUCAUCUAUAGCAAUGCCCUGGAAGCUGUUCCAAAUAGCCUGCCGUUGGGUGCACCGUCGUCCGUGUCGCUCGCGCCACCCCUUCCUAUGAUCCACAUGGCCACCACCUCGGACGAUCCCCGCCUCCGAGAGUACAACAGCAUGCCUCGCGCUCGGCAAGAAUUAACAGGCCAGCCGUACCAGGAUCGGUCGCAGUCCAGCUCUGCAGCGGACAUCCUCAACCAGGCCUCACAUACCGCCGACUUCAACAAGAUCCUUACGUCACAGCGGAGUUAUCGCCAGAAGGGUUUGGAGGAUUUCUAUACGAAACAACGGGAGAUCCCAGUCUCGGCAGCGCAGUCACAGCCUGGCCAGCUCGACUCGACGCCGUCCGUGUCGCAGCCCUUGCAUUCCCCGCACAUGGCUUCCUCCGGGGCGAUGAAUCCGGCACAGUCACAGCAGCCAAUGAUUCCUCAUCAGGCACCGAUGAUACCUGGUCAGUCGGGUUUCCAGCCGCCCGCCGCGCACCAGCAGCCGCCUAUCGCACAGUCCCCCGUUCGGGGCGUGCCCCCGGUGCGUCCGGAUAUGAUGCAACAGCGGCCCAAUCCAGCCUUGGCUGCCGGAGCACCUCAGCAGCCAGGCCCCUAUGGAUAUCCAUCUCAAGCGCAACAGAUGUGGGGUCAGCCACCACCUCAGCCGCAGCCCUCACCGCUGUCUGCUGGGCCGCAGGGGGUCGCCAUGCCGCAGUUUGCCCCGCAGUUACAUACGCAACAAUCGCCCUCUCCGCUCGCGCACAACCUUCCGCAGCAGCAUGCGUCCCAGUCCCCUCGGAAUCAGCCUCGGCCGUCAGCGCCUCCGAUGCCGCAGUCGUACCCGAUGCAUCCUCAGCAGGCUCCUCAGCAGCAGCCCAUGGCAUCCAUGGGCUACCCCGGAGCCACGAAUGCUCCUUACCCCGCCGUGCCCCCAGCGAGGGGUAUGUACCCUUCGACUCAGGGUCCGGGCGGGCAGCAGUUCAUGGCCGGGACGCCCCAGCAGGCAGGGAUGGCCAUGGGCAUGAGCGCAGGGGGUGCCAUGCAGGGCUGGCCACCUGCGGGGCCAAUGCAACCCGGGCAUCCGCAGCCUCCCCAGUCUGGAACCCCGCUGGGGUGGUCGGGUUAUUGA